UGGCUAGGGAUGCCCCCGGGGUUCCUCUCCCUCCUACCUACUCCUCAGCCCCUGCAUGUGCCCGUCAUGGCUCCUGUGUCCUUCAUUCUGUCCACUUGUGUUCACUGGGCCCCUCUUUGGUGCCAGGCACCCGCUACUGAGGGGUGCCAAGCCCCUGCCGGAGAAGCUUGGAGCUGGGUCACAGCGGCAAGGAGGCUGGAGACAGUGGCAUCAGCGCAGUGGUCAGUGAGGCCGCUGUGGGAGGAGGGAGUGGGAGCAGAAGCUAAGAGUGGACUGAAGUCCUUAAGCCAGGAAGUAGUUCAGGGUUUAAGAAGAGGAGAGACAGGCGUCCCGGAGAGGGAGCAGGCUCAGGAUGGGCCUCCAGUGCCUCCUCUGAACCUCACUACCCAGACUACAGAGCGCAGUGGGCAGCGCCUCAGCUCCUGCCCCUUCUGCUGGCUACAGCCCGGACAGGACCCGUAAUCAAACCACAGGCCCUGGGUCACCAAUGCCGGAAAGAGCUAGUUCCCGUGCGUCCAUGCACCCACCCCCACAACCUCGGCCCUCCCGUGAGGUGCUGGGGGAGGCCAUGCCCCUUUUCUGACUGCUUGGAAGUGACUGCUGCAGGUGACAACAAGUGACCACGCCUUUUUCACGCCGGUAUAAAAGCAAAGGCGCUGCGCUCCGAUUCUGGCAGUGCAGCUGUGGGAACCUCUCAACGCGCACGAACACCGCGAACGAUUUCUGAUAGAUUUUUGGGAGUUUGACCAGAGGUGCGGGAGAUGAGGAGCGCUUCCUACCGCUAGGGAACUUUGGGGACAGAGCGCCCCGGAAGCCUGACGGCCGGGGCAGGGUGCGACCCAGGACCCAGGACGGCGUCGGGAACCAUACCAUGGCCCGGAUCCCCAAGACCUUAAAGUUCGUCGUCGUCAUCGUCGCGGUCCUGCCGCCGGUCCUAGCUUACUCUGCCACCACUGCCUGGCAGGAAGAAGUUCCCCAGCAGACAGUGGUCCCACAGCAACAGAGGCACAGCUUCAAGGAGGAGGAGUGUCCAGCAGGAUCUCAUAGAUCAGAACAUACUGGAGCCUGUAACCCAUGCACAGAGGGUGUGGAUUACACCAACACUUCCAACAAUUUGUUUUCUUGCCUCCCAUGUACAGUUUGUAAAUCAGAUCAAAAAACUAAAAGUUCCUGCACCAUGACCAGAGACACAGUGUGUCAGUGUGAAGAAGGCACCUUCUGGAAUGAAAACUCCCCGGAGAUAUGCCAGAAGUGCAGCAGGUGUCCUAGUGGGGAAGUCCAAGUCAGUAAUUGUACGUCCUGGGAUGAUAUCCAGUGUGUUGAAGAAUUUGGUGCCAAUGCCACUGCGGAAACCCUAGCUGCUGAAGAGACAAUGACCACCAGCCCGGGGACUCCUGCCUCUUCUCAUUACCUCUCAUGUAUCAUCGUAGGGAUCAUAGUUCUAACUGUGCUUCUGAUUGUGUUUGUUUGAAAGACUUUACUGUGGAAGAAAUUCCUUCCUUACCUGAAAGGUUCAGGUAGGCGCUGGCUGAGGGCAGGGGCGCUGGACACUCUCUGCCCUGCCUCCAUCUGCUGUGUUCCCACGGACAGAAACACCUACCGCUACCCCAAGUCCUGGUGUCUCCAGCCUGGCUCUAUCCUCCUCCUUGUGAUCGUCCCACCCCCAUAUCCCGUGCACCCCCCAAGACCCUGGUCUCAUCAGUCCCUCUCCUGGAACUGGGGGUCCACCCAGCACUCCAGCCUGGGUGACAGAGCAAGACUCCAUCUCAAAAAAAAAACCAAACUCUGAAGCUAAUAUAUUAUAUUAGAUGUUUUGGUCAAUACAUUCAUUUGUCUCAUUCUUUUUAACAAAAGCAUAGUAGCUUCUUUCAUAGUGGAACUAUGGCCCAUUCUACCAUUGCCUUCUGUGGAUAGUUGCAUUUGUUUUUGAAAAUUCUAACAGCAAUCAUCCUGUAGGUAUCAUAUACCCAAAUAGGCACGUGCACUACUUAAAAGCAGAAUUGCAGAGUCAAUGAGUUAAUGAUUUAAAAAUUUUGUUUAGAUUUUGACAAAUUAUCCUCCAAAAUAAAAUUAUAACAAGUUUACUUUCACACCAAGAGUACUACACCCUUGCUACUCUGAACUUUCAUUCUUUGCUAGUCUAAGAAGUAAACAAUGGUACAUCUCA